GGUGUGAAAAAUAUAUACACGCACGCGCGUGAGUGUGACCACACCUCCUAGGUGGGUGUAUCCAUACGUAGGGGGUGUGUGCCCACGCCUCCUGGGUGGGUGUAUCCAUACCUAGGGGGGCGUGUGCCCACGCCUCCUGGGCGUGUUGAUUACGCCUCUAUCCUUAUUCCCUCCCCUCCUGUCUAAAACUGUAUAUAAGUCCUGGUCGCUCGUGGUCAUUUCACCCCGGAUUUCUUCAGAGCAACAAGGGACCCCAUUGCAGUCAUGCCAAGCAGCGGAUAUAUCGAUCUGGAGGAGGUCGGCGGUGUUGAUGAGUACCUCCCUUUAUCUCCAUCCCUUUUACCACUACUCACGCCACCUCCUUACAAUCCGACACUGGUUUGGCCGUCUUCUUGCUCACCACCAUCACCCCUUCAACAAACGCCUCCCGAGCCAACAACUCCUACAUCUAAUACUUAUACGAUGAUUCCCUGGUCGGUUUCACCAUCUCCACAGCCUCUGGAGCACCCGCCUUCUUUAUCUCCUGGUGGCCGUACGCUGAUGGAUCAGACUCCACCAUCAUCUCCGGGUCUCUACGGCUCACAAGAUUUAACGGACAGUCAGAGAGCCAAAGCGAUGUCUUAUGCCUUCGUAGACGGUGUGAAAACCAUCAUCCUCCACCUCCUGAACGGUGUUGUCUACAAAUAUUGGGAGGAGAUCUGUCACGGUUGUCAGAUCAAUCAACCAAGCCAGAACCAACACGACUGUUUGUGGGGCAUCCCGGCCUAUUUCUACGAGACCAAGUUUGAGCAGCUUACGGAGAGACUGUGGACUGAUCGUUUUAUUCCGGCCAUUCAAAGAUUCUUAACAGCAAAGAGAAUCUAUGUCGACGAGGCAAGGAUCCACGGAGCUGCUGAGGCCAUACUAUAUGAACUGAAAUCCGUAGUGUGGAUCACAGAUCAUAUCACUAAGAUGUAUGACACAAAGAUUGGUGACGACUACAUAAAAACAGUACAACUGAGAGUUAUUAGUGACUAUUGGAAGUGGGAUGAUCAUUGA